AGUCAAACCGUUCGUGUUUACCAGCGAGUCAUUUCAGUGGUGGUGAGUAAGGAACCUCAUUGUUUGCCGUGACUCCUGUGAAGGAGGCAGCUUGGUGGUUUGUAGCUCCCUGUCCUUCUUAGUGUUACCCUCAUGCUUUCUUCUAAUGGUGUAUAAAGUCCGGUUGUCACACUGCCGUCUCUAGCAAGUUUCAUCUUUCUCUUCACCCACAUCACUCAGCAUUCAGGUGCCCGACAAUGACUACAUCACGCUCUCCAUCAGUCUGUUCCUCAUCUGGCCGCGUCUGGGACAGCGACAGUUCAAGCGAAAGCGACUUCAGCGAAGACGACUCAAUAUGGGAGAAGAUGUGGCCCCGCCACUUCCCCGGGUUUUUGUUCCUCAAGGCCAUGGGCGACUUGCGAUGGCUCGAACUAGAUUCCGACCUAUCCAACGCCACUUACGAUGUCGUCCUCCACAACGCAAUGGCUUCGGUCCCGCUUCUCGAGACGCUCGGGGAUGACAUCGUCCGCACCAAAGGCCUUGGAAUCGACUACGUCGGCCGUCUCCGCCACCUCGGCCCGGGCGACAAGGACUACAGCGACAGGUUUCGCGAUCUGGUCGCGAAAAUUCGGCCGAGGUUGGAACCAGACACGGGACUGUGGGCUACGAAGAAUGAUGUCAGGCUGGAUAUCGGUUCAUUCACGGGGAACUGCUGCCCGCAGUACCUGCCCGAGGAUAGGAUCGAAGGCCAGCAGCUAAGCAAAGUGAAGACGCUGCGCAAUGCGGUCCGGAUCAAGAAGCUCUACGAGCUCGACUUCGAGGCCCAGGACGUCUACGUGGUUCUUCUACUAUGCAAGCCGGCGGCUGCCGAGUUGGCGAAUUUCAGAACCCUGGCCAGGGAAGUGCGCAAAGACCUGUUGAAAGAACGACCGCCCAGAAGAUGGGAUGAACUGCUCGAGAUGCGGCGGUCUGUGGGGCUGAAUUUUCAAGGCACUGUUGAUGGGAUGGAAAGGGCAGGACAGGUGAAUACACCUGCCAAAAAGGUCAUCGACCUGAUUUGGAACGACUUGGGGCUGUCCGAAUUAUGGUCCGAUCAGAUUAAAGUCCUAGAGUACCGCCUAAGACUCGCCAUCCGCAGGUUUUCAGCCCUUGGUGCGAUCUAAGCGACGAGGAGCCAACAAAAGGUGCUGCCAGUACUUGAUGUGGCAAUGAAUGAACAGGCCGGGACUCGCUGUCUGGGACUGGCUGUCUGGGACUGGCUGUCUGGGAAUGGCGUCAAGAAGAACGCGACAGGGAGGG